AUGACUGAUUUCACAGGAAACACUUCUGAAGAAGUAUUAAAUGCAAUCAAAGAAGCAAAAAAGUCAAAGGAUAAGCCAUUUAUAUGCCUUUGCUUUUAUCAUAUAGUAUUACCUCCAUCUCUAUUCACUGCAAAAUUAUUUGAUAAAAUUCGCAAAAAUUAUUCAUCAGAUACAGUUGGACAAAUAUUUAUAGUUGAUGCAAUUAAAUCAAAUGAAUUGGCAACAAAGUAUGGAGUUAUUCCAACACCUGCAAUUGUAAUUCUCUGGAAAGGCGAACCAUUACUGAUUAGACGCCCUGGAUGGGAUGAUGCAAACAAGAUACUUGGCUGUAUGAAAGAAGACGAAUGGCUUUCAAUACUUCGUUUUGUUGCUGGUCUUCCUCGAGAAGAAGAUAGAAAAUUCCUUUCUGUUAAUAUACUGUAA